AUGGCGGAGAUUGAGCUCAAUGAAAAUAACCCCAGACAUGGAAGCAAUCUUGCAAUUAUAUCGUGGAACGAUGGAGCCUUAAAGAAGACUCUUGAAGACUACUUCCGUCCCCAGGAUGCACUAUCAGCGAGAAACCUUGAGCUCGAUACAUUGUUUAUGGCUCGAAACUUGAAGGCAGCGGGCAUCAAUAUCAAAUGGACGCAUAAUUUGGUAAGCCAUCUUAAUCUUGGCUGUUAUUAUGGUGUCCCGACCGUCGAAAUUUUUUAUUGCAUGAGCUUUCUCGAGAUUCAGAAAAGUUCAGUUAAAAAGCUGUACCCUGCAUCUCUUAUUCAGGAAACCCUAGACGCCCUCCAUCUUCUCUUUCCCGCAUCAGACAAGGAGACCAAAGAUUGGUUACAAGACUAUAGACCUAUUGGGAAACUUGAUCCGCGACUUGCAUGCAAUGAUCUGAAAGAUCAGGAUCGCAAAUUUGAGCAUUUUAGGUAUUGGCAUGAUCGACUAGUCCUCUUGAAGCGGGCGUUUGAUGAGAACUAUCAAGAAGUCAAUUAA